AUGUCAUUGCCACCUCGAAGGACGCCAAAAGGGCUUGGGAGAUCACUGUUCAACGCGGCACUGGGCAAGGCAAGUACACGCGCAUUUUCCACCCCCAAACACGUUGUGCUGGCUACAUCACUUGCGGGUGUACCAUUUGCCCCUGACAUUCCUGGGGCUGAGAAGUUCCGAGGCACAGUGAAGCAUUCGACGCAGCACCACUCUUCUCGAGACUGGGUUGGCAAGAAAGUCUUGGUGGUUGGUACCUCUUCUUCUGGAUUUGAUACAGCAUACGACUUCGCUGGUCGGGGCAUCGAUGUCACUCUUCUUCAAAGGUCGCCGACGUAUUUGAUGUCAUUAGACAAAUCCAUGCCACGGAUGAUUGCGCCGGUGUAUAGCCCGGAAGGCAGGAAACGGCCUGACAUUGAUACCGCAGACCGAGUUGCCUACGCCCUCCCAACCGGCCCCGCUGAAGAGCUAUUCCGUCGGACAGCUAAGGACAUCUGGGGUGCAGAUGCAGAGCUGAUUGCCAAGAUGGAAAAGGCCGGCUUUAGGGUCUGGCGAGGCCAGCACGACACCGGGCAACAGACUCUUGCAUAUACCAGAAAUGGUGGAUUCGAUUUCGAAACCGGUGCCUGCGGCGCCAUUAUAGACGGCAGUAUCAAGGUGGAGCAAGGGUAUCCCAUUCGCUUCACUGAAGACCACGUUGUACUGGAUGUAGAGCGGGAGCAAAAGUAUGACCUCGUCAUCCUGGCCCCGGGCUUCUCCAGUACCGUCGAGUCGAUUCGGCAGAUCUUCGGCGAUGAGCUCACCAGCCAAUGCAAACCGACCUGGGGUAUGGAUCAGGAGGGAGGUUCACAAGCCACCCUCAAUUCAAAAGCUGGAACCAAAAUCAUGGACCAAAUUUGCUAUGGGUUUCAGCGGAUUCAGGUUACGGGAAGUCGGUUUUGGUGA